CGCUGAUGUAACUUCCUGCGUACCGCAAGAUGGCUGCUGGCAGCCGGUGGCUCCGGAGCUGCUGUUCCCUUCUCAGACAAAGUUUCCCUGUUGUGGUCAGUUUUAGGAGACGCUGCCUCUCAGGUGUGAACAGACAAUGGCACCAAAUGGUGGGCGUGGGGCUGGGAGUGGCCCUGUGUGCAGUCCCAGUCGUGGAGAAGCAGAACUCAGCUUCUCUCAGUAAUGAUGCCUUGAUUAAAAGAGCAGUUUCCUUGGUAACAGACAGUACUUCUACACUCCUCUCUCAAACAACAUACGCAUUGAUUGAAGCAUUGACAGAGUAUACAAAGGCGGUUUAUACACUGGUGUCUCUCUACAAGCAAUACACAAAUCUUCUUGGGAAGAUGAAUUCAGAUGAGGUGGAUGCAGUCUGGCAGGUGGUCAUAGGAGCCAGAGUUGAUAUGACAGCAAAGCAGCAGGAGUACCUGAGGCUGGAGUCCAGCUGGAUGACAGCAGUACGUCUUUCAGAGAUGGCCGCGGAAGCUGCGUAUCAGUCAGGUGCAGACCAAGCCUCGGUGACAGCCCGCAGCCACAUUCAGCUAGUCAAGACCCAGGUGCAAGAAGUGCGACAGCUGUCCCAGAAAGCAGAGACCACAUUAGCUGAAGCUCAAACAGAAGAGCUCCUCAAAAGUCAAGGAGAGGAAUCUUCACUGCCACAGGGUAUUUUAGGGAGCACAGAGGCAGGUGAGGAUCCUUACCUUCGGGAGGACUGAAAAGAAUCUAGGUGUCACCAAAAAUAUAUGAGAGUCACUGACUAAAAGAUCCCAUAGUUUCAGUGUGAGGAUAGUAUGGGAAACUGCUGAAAUAAGUCAAUGAUUCCAUUUUUUCCCCAAAAAGGAUUGCUUUACAAAUCAAUGCCAGUUAUCUAAAUGGCCUUGAUCUUGUUUGCAACUUAUCAUGUUUGUAAUACCUGUGGAUUCAAUUAUUGAAAUAUUGAACUAUGCAAAUGUGAAAGCUGCUAUCAAGGAUAGCUUGUUAAUUAUCUCCCUGCUGGGAGGGUCCUUCCCCUCAUUUGCUAUGUUUGUGAGAGCUCCCUAACUUAAAAGACUGAUUAGGUAUUGGCCAAAGAAGUGUAGUUAAAAGUCAUUCUUUUAAACGUGUGAAGUAAAUUGUAUCUGUUAGGAGAUACCUUUAUUAAACUCUUGUGGUUGUGCCCAUUUGGAUAAGGGAUUCAGUGCUGUCUUGUAUUGAACUCUGAAGUUUACAACAGAGCUGAGUCUGGAGAGCUGCAUCACACCACACUUAAUUACAAUCAGUCAGGGGAAACAUUGAUGUUAGUGUUGAAAAUUUUCUGCUGAGUUACCUGGGCCGUUAGUGAAGUUUUGCAGUUCAGGACAGCAACCUCUUUCACUUAAGAAUCACCAACACAUCUGCCUUUCCCGGGAAGAAAAGGGAGAUUUGAUACUUAAGACACUGUGCUUAUAAACAAAUUUGUUGUAGCAGCUGCUGUGUGCUUCUUUACAAAGUAGUGAGCAAAGGCAAGUUGAAAAUCCUUGAAUGCUUUCCAGCACAGGUUUCAGGAAAAUCAUCUCAAUUCUCUCUUUUUGCAAGCCUAACAUUUCACUGCAGGCUUCAAAACCACCACUGUCCUUCACUGCAUUCAUUUGCUAUGUUAACGUGAAACUUGCAGUAUUAACUGUAUAGAAAAUGUAAAUCUAAGCUGAGAUUGCUUUGUAGAACAGCAUCCAUUAGAACUUUGCCACUGCUGAUUUGAGCCAGAUAAUCUCCAAUUCAUCAGGUUUUGAAAGAAAACACAGCCUAAUUACUGGGUUUUCACUACAAAGUAGCAUCUGAUGCACUCCAUGUGUGUCAGUGUUGCUCUUAAGCACAAGUGUGUGUCAAGCACAAGUGAGUUGUGCUUGACAAGGAAUGUUGUCAGCUGCAGCCUAAGUCCAUCUGUGCCUCAUUUUGCUGCCUUUUGAACAGAUGCAA